AGGAAAAGAAAAAGAGGAAGAGCUCCACGUCGUCUCCUGCAUCGUAACGGGUCCGGUCGAGUAAUGGUCUCGGCGCCUCCACUUCUUCCAACAAGCGGGUAAAUGUGUCUGGGAAAUUGACAGAACCAACGUUCUUAUUUUGGAUAAAGCGGAGAGGACUAAACAAACCAGCAAAAAAAAAAAUAAAAAAUAAAAUAAAAUAAAGAUGGAGCUGGAAGACGGAGUUGUGUACCAGGACGACCCGGGGACAUCAGCGAUGAUGUCCGAGCGGGUGUCGGGCCUGGCUAACUCCAUCUACCGCGAGUUCGAGAGGCUCAUCGGAAAGUACGACGAGGACGUGGUGAAGGAGCUCAUGCCGCUGGUGGUGGCCGUCCUGGAAAACCUCGACUCGGUUUUCGCGGAGAACCAGGAGCACGAAGUGGAGCUGGAGCUGCUCAAGGAGGACAACGAGCAGCUCAUCACCCAGUACGAGCGCGAGAAAGCGCUCAGGAAACACGCGGAGGAGAAGUUCAUUGAGUUUGAGGACACGCACGAACAGGAGAAGAAGGACCUGCAGAACCAUGUGGACAGAAUGGAGUCCCACUCGCGGCAACUGGAACUCAAGAUCAAGAACCACGCCGACCAGAUCGGCAGGUUAGAAGAGCGAGAGGUAGACCUCAAGAAGGAAUACAACUCCCUCCACCAGAGGCACACAGAGAUGAUCCAUAAUUACAUGGAGCAUGUUGAGCGUAUCAAAAUGCAGCAGGGUGGUGAGACUACAGAGUUGAGCGGUAUCGGCCGAGUCCGGAGGGAGCGUCCCCUUUCUUUGGGCAUCUUUCCAACAUCCGGCGGCGGGUCUGUGCUAAUUCCGGAUUCCCAGACCCGUGCAGUGACACCGAGCGCGGAGGCCUGGCGGUUCACCGACGCAAACUCCCAAACCCGGUCCACUAGCAGCCUCCAGCAGGACUUCGCCAGCCCCCCAAAGGAAAGUGGGGGUAAGAGUGCGCAAGACCCUACUUGGGGGAAUUCACUGGCUGACAACUGCAAGGAUGAGAUGUCGGACUUCACCGGCUCCAAGUCGGCCACGCCGAUGUCCACAACUGCCUCAGAAAUUGGGAGGGAAGAUGGGAACUGUAAGAGCACAGAGGUGCAAGCUGCACCAGGGACCAGAUCUGUAUCAGUUGGUUUACCUGAUAAUGAAGACAGUUCAGAUGUCCAGGACAUAAUUGAGUCCACACCUGAGCUGGACAUGGAUCUGACUGGCUACAAGGGAUGCAGCACUCCGACCAAAGGCAUCGAGAAUAUGGCGUUUGACCGCAACACAGACUCUUUGUUUGAAGAGCUGUCGUCCGCAGGCACAGGCCUCAUCGGGGAUGUGGACGAAGGUGCCGACCUGCUGGUGGAGUACUCGGGUAUGGGCCGGGAAGUGGAAAAUCUCAUUCAGGAGAACUCGCAACUGCUUGAGAGAAAGAAUGCCCUGAACGUGGUGAAUAAAGACUUGAUAUUGAAAGUGGACGAGCUGAGUUGUGAGAAGGAGAUGCUUCAGGGCGAGCUGGAGGCCGUGCAGCAGGCCAAGACAAAGAUGGAGGACAAAUACCGAGAGUUGGAGGAAGAGCUCAAAAAAGUGCGACUCGAGAUGGAGGAGGUGCUGCAGAAAACAAAAGAAGAGGAAGAUAGCGACGUACCUACAGCCCAGAGGAAACGCUUCACCAGGGUGGAAAUGGCCCGAGUGUUGAUGGAAAGGAACCAGUACAAAGAGAGACUGAUGGAGCUGCAGGAAGCUGUGCGGUGGACAGAGAUGAUCCGGGCUUCGAGGGAGAAUCCUGCUCUUACGGAGAAGAAGAAAUCCAGCAUUUGGCAGUUCUUCAGCAGACUUUUUAGCUCCUCCUCCAGCACCCCUGCCAUAAAGAAGAUGGAAGCCCCGUCCAAUGUAAAAUACAACGCUCCGGCCAGCAUGGUGAAGCGAAGCAGCACUUUCUCCCAGUUCCCCACAGAGAAAUCCAAAACGUUCGACUUCCUCAAUGAAGAAAAAGACCAGUGCAGUUCACCGUCUCGCAAAGAGCAGAAGCGAGCCCAGUACAGACAGGUGAAAGCGCACAUGCAGAAAGAGGACGGCCGAGUCACUGCGCAUGGCUGGAGUCUGCCGAGCAAGUUCAAGGGGCCAAAUGGUGGACAAACAGAAAACAAAAUUAACCUGCCCGUGCCCGUGUAUUUGAGACCUUUAGAACAGAAAGAUACUUCUUUGAAGCUUUGGUGUGCUGCUGGCGUCAACCUCUCCGGGGGUAGGACGUCACACCAGUCUGAGCUUGCAAAGCAGAUGAAGGGAUCUCAGAGUAGCCUGGACCAUUUGGAACAAGAAAACAAGGUCAGGGAUCAAGAGAAAGUUGACGAGUUGAUCCUGCAGGAUGAAUUGUCUAGUCGGGUGUGGGUGUGCACCAGCACCCACUCCUCCACCAAGGUCUUAGUGGUGGAUGCCGCUCAACCGUCUGACCUUGUCGACAGCUUCUAUGCCUGCAACACCCACGUCGUUUGCAUUGCCAGUGUGCCAGGUGUGUCAGAGUCCGAUUAUCCAGCCGGUGAGGAAGUACCUCAGGACAUGGAUGCAAACCAGGGCGACGUGGUCUCACUGGCCGGCAGCGUGGCCAGUGUGGGGUCAACGGGCAGCGACGGUACCCUGGCAGCAGAGGGGACCACCGCCAUCCCCCAGACAGCCAGCGUAGGAGGCCUUGACCAGCCAACGGAACACAGCGCCGUCCCUGGCUCAGUGUCCACAGCUGAGCCGCCCAGCCAGACAAGCCCAGCGGACGUUCCCACCGCCGAGGAGGCGACAGAGGCGACCGAGGCAAAUGCGGGCGGGAGCGAAGAAGGGGAGGAGGACCAGGGACCUGAGCAAAAUCAGCCCGGAAUCUACACGGAGCACGUUUUCACCGACCCGCUGGGGGUUAGACCAGAUGAGACCUCGCCUACCUAUGUACAAAGCGGCUCCGUGACGUCCUUGCCAGAUGACCCUGACCCCUCAGCUCUGGAAGUCAAGCGGAUGAGCAGCGCCCUCCCCACCAUGUGGCUGGGAGCUCAGAAUGGAUGUCUGUACGUCCACUCCUCCGUGGCCCGAUGGAGGAAGUGUCUUCAUGCCAUCAAACUGAAAGACUCCAUCCUCAGCAUUGUGCAUGUUAAAGGCAGGGUCCUGGUGGCACUGGCGGAUGGAACAUUAGCAAUUUUUCACAGAGGCAUCGAUGGGCAGUGGGACCUGACCAACUACCACCUGUUGGAUCUGGGACGACCCCACCACUCAAUCCGCUGCAUGACCGUAGUCCACGACAAGGUGUGGUGCGGCUACAGGAACAAGAUCUACGUCAUCCAGCCCAAAGCCAUGAGGAUAGAGAAGUCGUUCGACGCGCACCCACGCAAGGAGAGUCAGGUUCGGCAGCUGGCUUGGGUCGGAGACGGCAUCUGGGUGUCCAUCCGACUGGAUUCCACACUCCGAUUGUUUCACGCGCACACCUUCCAGCACCUCCAGGACGUGGACAUCGAGCCCUACGUCAGCAAGAUGCUCGGCACCGGUAAACUGGGUUUCUCUUUUGUGAGAAUCACGGCUUUGGUGGUGUCCUGCAACCGACUGUGGGUGGGGACUGGAAAUGGCGUCAUAAUUUCCAUCCCGCUGUCUGAAGCCAACAAGACUUCAGCAACUGUGCCAAAUUGGCCUGGCAGCGCCGUACGGGUUUAUAGCGACGACGGCGCCGAGGGUGCCCUGCCAGCUAGCUUCGUGCCAUACUGCUCCAUGGCCCACGCCCAGCUUUGUUUCCAUGGACAUCGAGAUGCUGUCAAAUUCUUUGUUACGGUGCCAGGUCAAGCCAUGCCACCUCCCGGAAGUGCCGAUUCGGGCUCCGACGACCCCCCGUCUGAAUCCUCGGACACUGCCGCGUCGGAGCCCAAAACGUACUUGGUGAUGAGUGGAGGAGAGGGCUACAUAGACUUCAGAAUGGGUGACGAGAGCGGAGAGCUGGACGGCACGUCCGAGCCCGCGCCGGGCCAGCCGUCGGCGCCGACCAAGGCCGAGCGAAGUCACCUCAUCGUCUGGCAGGUGGCGACGUCUCUUGAUUGAGAAAACGCCCGCUGUCGCAACAACCGUCGCCCUUCUCCCCGCCCGCAGCCCGCAUGCGCAACUUCACCUUUUUUUUAAUUGGAUCGUAUUCUUGAGUCAUUUGCUACUUUGUAAAAAAGCUAAAAGAAGAACAAAAAAAAAACAAUUCUUUUUAUCAGUAUUUUAUUUUGUACAGUUUAUUCCUAAGAUCAGUACGGACGUCCAAGAGGUCCCGUCGUCGGGGCCGCAGGUUGCCAACGCCGUUACACGCCGCUACCACAGGGCUGGCGGACGUUUUGAUGAUAUCAAAUGUGGACGGCACGCCAGAGGAAGGAGCGAGGCAUUUUUUUUUUGCAGACAGGGGAAGAAAGGGACAAGAAACUUCCUGUUUUGAGCUGACCUAUUAUUUCACACUCUACCUGUUAAGACUUUUGACAUUUGUAUACCACAAGUCUCGGUGUGAGAGCUCAGGUGUGUGUGUGUGUAUACAGCUGACAGUCGUGCGUUUAGCUCAGGGGUUCUCAAACUGGUGAGCUGUGGCUUGAGCACCACAAAAUAAACGGCAAUAAAUGAUUAUAUCAUUUUGUAAAACGUUCAUACUGGGAUAAUGGGGAGGGGCAUGCCAAUAAAACAAAAAUAAUAAAUGCAUUACUACUCUCCACGUUAGCUCUGAGGCGAUUUAAAGUUCUCGUAUGACUGUGUCAUCCGUCACUUUGCACACAGCUUUUGGCUACCAACCAUAGAUAAAGAUUUAAUUACUCUACAUUAAAUGGCGUUAGCGGCACGGUGGGUAGGCUGGUUACGCGUUGGCCUCACAGUUCCGAGAACCCGGGUUCGAUCCCGCUCCCGCCUGUUUGGAGUUUACAUGUUCUCCCCUGUGCCUGCGUUGGUUUUCUCGGGGUACUCCAGUUUCCACCCAGAUCCCAAAAACAUGCAACAUUAAUUGGAGACUUUAAAUUGCCCUUAGGUGUGAUUGUGAGUCCAGCUGUUUGUCUCUAUGUGCCCUGCAAUUGGCUAGCGACCAGUUCAGGGUGUACCCCGCCUGCUGCCCGUCGACAGCUGGGAUAGGCUCCAGGACUCCCCGCGACCCUUGUGAGGAUAAGCGGCAAAGAAAAUGGAUGGAUAAAUAAGUGGUGUUAAAUCCAAAACUGAGUAAUGUGGAAAAAAAAAUACAAAUAAUUCCCAUUUCAUUUAAAGGUACACCAGGUAGUUAGAGUACAUUUAAUUGACAUAAAGAUGAUUCGGGGGGGAGGGUCUUCAGAAACCCCCCCCCCCAAAAAAAAAAAAAAAAAAACAGUUUGGGAACCCCUGAACACCACCUUGUAACUAAUGCUGCAUUUCUCACCUUGUGGGGGUGUACCAAAUUUAGUGUAUCACAGAUUUUGGCACCACUUUUGACAGUAGGUUAGGACCAAAUUGUAGCGCUUUAUGAAAAUUGUACUCCAACCAAUCACAGCAUCUAGGCUUGGUGUCACCAUGAAAUAUAACAUCGAAAUUGGAAUAUGCUCACAAAACCUCUCCUCAGAUAUAAAAAUUUGUCAAUACGCAGUUAAGUCAGAUUAGAAGUUAGGAACGCAGCAGUGGUGCACAAACUCUGGUGUUAAAUGUGCUUUUUAUUCGCUGCAGAUGUAGAAAAUGGCUGUCAACAGCUGCAUUUUUUUCGUUUUAUUUGCUCAUGGAUUUUGAUGUGGGCUGUGUGUUUGUGUACUGGGCUUAUUAGUCACCAGCGUACAUUUUUUUUGUGGGAGGAGGGGGGCAAGAGGCAAAGUGCCACAACCUUGGUGCUUGCUGUUCCUGUUUCACGGGCACUUUAUUCUGAUAGAUGAUCGAUUAGCUGCAAAAACAAACACUGCUCUGCGUGCAAAAUAAGGUGUAGCAAUGUUGUCAUCCCAAUAACCAAAUGAUGACUGGAAGAAGUGUGAAAAGGAAUUUAAUAAUGUCACGAAACUGUCUUUUUGAAUAACUAAAAAGGUGCGCUUGUUUGCAUCAAAUCAACUUGAAUAGGACACUUUGGCCAAAUGUAAUAUUGCAAUGUGGCACCUGUGCUGCCGCAUUCCCUCUGUUGGGGGGGACGAUUAUUGUAUGUUUGCGUCGGGCAUUGUUUUGUAUCCAUCUUUCAAAUUUUGAAGUAUGUAUAUGACUAUAAAAUGCUCGCUAGGAUUGUUUUGAUGUAUGAAAAGGUCAGGCCGCGUCUGCUCGUCGUCCGUUUCUACCAUUCCAGUAUUUAUUUGCGUUGUAACCGAGGCCGACCUUGGUUUCGAAUGUAACUUUUUAUCAAAACAAAAAACGACUGUUGUGAAUAAUGCAGUGCUAUGAGUUUACAUGAUUGUUCAUUUUAAAGCACCGAAAGAUUUUUUCAGUCCCUCGAUCAAAUUUUGAAAACGGUAACAAAUUGUUUUGACAUCGAUGUACUAAGCUAUGCAUGUUUUUUUUUAAAAAAAAAAAAAAAAAAAAACAACACUGCAAUGUUAUUGGCUCUUUAGUGCCACCAUUUUGAGUAGGAUAAGUGUGCGUGUAUAUGUAUGUGGGCUGAGUGGUGUGCGCGCGCAUGUGUUUGUGUGAGGUGUGCGUGUAAGUUUGGGUGCAAAACACAUUUGUCCGUCCAUACACGUGUGUGUGUGUGUGUGUGUGUGUGUGGUUGUCGUAUUUGUGUGUAUUUCCAUCUGGAAAACAAAAAUCUCUGGAUGCCAUAACAGUUCACCUCCUGGUCAGUGUUUGUUAAAUAAAUAUCCAUAGCCUUAUUUUUAACAAUCUAUUAAACAUGAAUUUCACCAAGAUCCCACU